CUAAGGAAUCCUAGCCCUUUUCUCUGAUCGAUCGAGAAUCCGAGAUCAAGAUUGUAGAAAAGAAUUAAACUGAAAACAAAACAAGACAUGGCUUCUUCUUCAACCAGCUACUCUAGUUCACCAUGUGCAGCUUGUAAGUUCCUAAGGCGAAAAUGUCUUCCCGGUUGCAUCUUCGCACCAUAUUUUCCUUCGGAUGAUCCUCACAAAUUCGCCAAUGUGCACAAAAUAUUCGGGGCCAGUAACGUGAGCAAACUUCUAAACGAGGUUCAGCCCCACCAGAGAGAAGAUGCGGUGAAUUCCCUUGCAUAUGAGGCGGAGGCUCGGUUAAAGGAUCCAAUAUAUGGUUGUGUAGGUGCAAUCUCGGUCUUGCAAAGACAAGUUAUAAAGCUUCAAAAGGAGCUUGAGGAAACCAAUGCUGACUUGAUGCGGUACACUUACAAUGACAAUGUUCCUCUCGGGAGUGAAGUGGCAUCAAGCCGAAAGGGAUAUAGGGGAACGGUUUUAGGUCAAGGAGGUGUCGGUUUGGAGUAUUUUUCACCUUUCAAUUGGAAUCACGAAAAUGAAGGUGGUGGAGGUAGCAUGUAA